AUGACGGCCUCACUGGUCUGUCUCCGUCGUGCCCAAAAUCGUCGUCGAUCUGAAAACCCCUGCUCCUCCCUCCACGAGUCGAAUCACAAUCACAUUGGAAAGUCCUAUCCUCCCGGGGCCUGCGGGGCCCAUAUCAAGCGAGAAUAUGAUGAUAUGGAUCGAGAUGCAACAUUGGGGGCUGUCGAGCUCUUCGUCCGACACGGCUUAGAAGUCCAAAUUCCUAGGCUCGCAGGACUCUACUGUGAAAUUUGCAGCUCAUCAUAUCAAAACGACGACACGUGCAGGCAGCACACGAAACCGAUAUCUACCAUCUCGACCGAGACGACACCUUCCUACACAUUUUCGGAGAAGGUAGGCAAGACUGAAGCCUCCACACACCAUCAUCGAGCUAAGCAAAAGCCCCAACCGUCUAAAGAACCGGCUACUGCCACCUACAGGUCAAAUGCUUCCGAUCUACGAUUACAAACCGAGUAUAAGUCGCAAAUAUGUUUGCCGAAACAGCACAACCACAGCUACCCCUUAUCUGCUCGGGCAAGCAAGCAUACGUUCCGCGAAGACUGA